UGAGCGGACGUGAUUUUUGGAUGUGCGGCAAUCGAAAUCGACCCUUGUUUUAACAAAAAAAAAAAAAAACUUUGUUAUUUGUGUUUAGUGAAGAAUUUUUGUUGUUUUGAUGAAUUAAAAUUAUUCCACUAAGUGAUAAAAGUAUGCCUAACUAGGUCUACGCAACACAAAGAGUGAAUCGAAAGCAAAAAAAUUUUACAUUGAGUGAAAAGAAAAAAAAAUAUAUGCAACCCCACAAAUAAAGCUGGGCUGGGAAAUAGUGGAAAAUGUGAUGUGCAAACAACCUUGAAACCAUGAAUUAAAUCCAACAAAAGAAAAAAAAGAAAGAUUGUAUUGCAAAUCGACGACAUCUAAAGAUGCGACGGCGGUAGCUGACCAACAACGAACACCAGCACCAGCAAAAGAACCAACAAGCCACAGCAAGAAUCCGACAUAAUCGUCGUAACAAAAGAAAAUACAAAACAAACCGACAGUUGUUGAAUUUUUUUUUUUGCUGGCAAGGACGGCGGAGAUCAUGGUGGACAUUGAUAUGGCUGACAAGCAGUUAAAUUAGUUUUAAGAUUGACACAGACACAGCCCUUUUGUGCUGCAGCUGCUGUGGCUGCCAGCGAACCACAAAAUACUGAGGGCUCAACAAAGAAACAACUGCAAACAACACACACACACUCACAAUUAUAUAUUCUGAAUCAUAUAUAUAUAUAAAAAGACAACGAAAUCGUAAUUUUACGACGGCUACGAAUCUCAGAGCAAGAAAAACAGAACCUACAACAAUCCCCCCUGGGAAAGGAGCUGAAAUUGAAUCCUUUUUUUAAAUUAGAGCUUGACGACGCUGGUCGGUUAUCCAUCGAUCUGUUAGCAGCGAAAAACGACCACCACAACCACCAGCAACAAAUUCGCCAUGACUGUUAAGAUUUUUAGACGUGGCUCCGCACGUUGUAUUGGCUUGUUAUCGGCUUUUAUAACAAUUCUGCUAUGCCUCUACUACAUUUCCAUGGGACAGCCCUCAAACAUACAGCCCAAAGAGCCGAUUGCCAGUUUGUUUGUCGGCAGUUCUGGCGGCAGUGGGGCGUCAGCGGUUGGGCCAGGCAACAAUCUGGUGGCAGAAAAUGGUGCCGACAAUACUGUGCCCCAACAACUACGAAUUUAUGGCAGUAAAGUAAGACACGGCAACAAUGAAGAUGAGCAUGCCCCACCAACGGCAUUGAGGCAACAUCAAUUGAUGGCAAAAUCUGCAGUCAAUGGACCACGACAGAAUACGGUCGGUGGUGAUGCAGUGGAUUACGGCGCUGCAGCAGCUGGUAGCAUUGGCGUUGAUGGUUCCUUUGGCAGCGCCAAUAUGUAUGUCAAUAAUCCUCAAUGGGGCGAUAAAUGUUAUAUUUUAGAGGAGAGCGAUACCAACAUAACAGCACAAGAUGAAUAUGCUAAAUUUGAUUUUCAGCCUGAAUGGGUGCGUACCAAAGAAUAUUGGGAUCGUGGAUUUGAAGAACGUUUUGAGGCUCAGAAGAAAGACAAACAAAGACCACCAUUAAAGGUUAUUGUCGUUCCCCAUUCGCACAACGAUCCUGGCUGGCUAAAGACCUUUCUCAAUUACUUCCAAAGUGAUUCGAGACAGAUUCUAAAUCUAAUGGUCACAAAAAUGCAAGAGUACACCGAUAUGACUUUCAUAUGGUCAGAAAUAAGUUUUCUCCAAUUGUGGUGGGAUCAAGCCCAUCCCACAAAGCAAAGGGCGCUGAAAAGACUCAUUAAUUCGGGACGACUAGAAAUAACAACUGGCGGUUGGGUGAUGACCGAUGAGGCUAAUGUUCAUCUCUAUGCCAUGUUAGAUCAAUUGAUUGAAGGCCAUCAGUGGCUAAAGAAUAAUUUAAAUGUCACUCCCACCGUGGGCUGGUCCAUUGAUCCAUUUGGCCAUGGCAGUACAGUACCUUAUUUACUAUCCGGCAGCAAUUUCGAGGGAGCAAUUAUACAACGUAUUCAUUAUGCAUGGAAACAAUGGUUUGCAAGACAUCAGAAGGGAGAUUUUAUGUGGACACCCUACUGGAACUCACAUGGUGGUGCAACAGAUAAGCAACAUCGCAAGGGUAGUCUUCUUACCCAUAAUAUGCCUUUUGAUAUCUACUCCAUCAAAGGUUCGUGUGGACCUCAUCCUUUCAUAUGUUUAAAUUUCGAUUUUCGUAAAAUUCCUGGUGAAUACACCGAAUAUUCAAUUAAAGCUCAGUUUAUAACCGACGAAAAUGUUGAGGAAAAGGCUCAGCUGCUGUUGGAACAGUAUUCACGUACUGCUUCGCUCUUUCCACACAACGUGGCGCUGAUACCAGUGGGUGAUGAUUUUCGCUAUAAUAAAGAGCGCGAAGUUGAUCAACAGUAUACAAACUAUAAAAAGCUCAUAGACCAUAUUAUGGCCAAUAAAAGACUCUACAACGUCGACAUCUCGUUUGGAACACCAAAGGACUAUUUCAAUGAGAUCAAGAAGAGGACGGCUGAAUUCCCCACAUUCAAGGGAGAUUUCUUUGUAUACUCUGACAUUUUUUCUGAGGGAAGACCAGCAUAUUGGUCUGGAUACUUUACGACACGGCCUUCAUACAAAAUUCUAAGUGCAGAUUUGGAACAAAAUCUUCGUGCAGGCGAAAUACUCUUCACAUUGGCCUACAACACAGCUCGCCAGAGGCAUCAUGAGAAUGCCAUUAAGAUAUUCGAAAAGAACUAUGAGAAAAUGAUUCACGCUAGACGCAAUCUAGGUCUGUUCCAGCAUCACGAUGCCAUAACUGGAACUUCAAAGGCUGCUGUUAUGCGCGACUAUGGUAUGCGUUUGUUUGAAAGUAUUCAAGACGUAGUUCGUAUGCAACAAUCAGCCAUCGAACUGCUAAUACAAAAUGGCACUGAGAGACAUAAUUUCCUACUCAGCGAAUUGGAGAGGGAUAACUUUAGUAAACUGCCACGAAAGACACCCAUUCCAUUGGCCACAUCUUCUCCCAACAGUGAUUUCUCCAUUGAGUUUACAUCGUCUUCGGCUGAUGGCAAGUCUGCUAAUUUUGUGGUAUUCAAUUCAUUGACCCAUAAACGUGUAGAGGCUCUAACAAUUCGAACCACCACACCCUAUGUAAAAAUUCUUAACGAUGCCGGUCAGGAACUGAGGAAUGUACAAAUAAAUCCUGUUUGGAAUAUCAGUGAUCCCUAUGAGUUGGGCAUGAAUAUGAUGGGAUCAGCGACAACGGCUCGCAUACGCAUUUCGAAACGCCAAUAUGAAGUAAUGUUCUUAGCUGAAUUGGAUCCAUUAUCAUUGACCUCGUACACGGUCGCAGUAGAUGAGGUUAAUGCCAAACGUUUGAUGUCAACAAUCUAUUGUGAUGAGUGCACAGAUCAACUGGAUGGAAGUACUACCGAAACGCCAAUUGUCAAGGAGGAGUUUGUUGUAAAAUCCAAACCACCAGGCGACAUCCAAUUGGAAAAUAAUUUCAUGCGCUUAUUGUUUGAUGAGAAGACCGGGUUUUUGAAGACAAACACUCGUAAAGGCCUUAAUCAACAGCUAUUAAAUCCAAUGCAAUGCGCCAUUAAAUUUGCCGCCUAUCGCAGUGCUCAAUUCCAUUCCGGAGCCUAUCUGUUUAAAACUGAUCCUGAGCAGAGUGAGGCAGAGAAAGAUGUUUUAGAGCAAUAUGAAGACAAGCGUAUUAUUAUAACAUCGGGAUUGAUUGCCAGUGAUGUAACCGUAAUAUAUGGACCAUUUUUGGCUCAUACAGUUCGAAUUUUCAAUACAAAAACACAUUUGGAUGCAGCAAUCUAUUUUGAAAAUGAUAUAGAUUUUGAACCACCGCCAAAGAAUCGUGAAACCGAGCUGUUUAUGCGUUUUAUAACGGAUAUUGAUAAUAUUGCUCCUGUUAAUAAGGACACAUUAAAAGACGGCGAUACCAUUCCGGAGUUGCCAGAAUUUUUCACUGAUCAAAAUGGUUUUCAAUUUCAUAGACGCGUUAAGGUGCCUUCUAUUGGCAUUGAGGGCAAUUAUUUCCCCAUUACAACGGCAGCCUUUAUGCAAGAUGAUAAAGUACGAUUUUCAUUACUUACCACCCAUGCUCAGGGUGCUGCCAGUUAUGAACCGGGUCAACUGGAGGUAAUGCUGGACCGCCGUACUCUGUAUGAUGAUUAUCGUGGCAUGGGUGAAGGUAUUGUAGACAGUCGUCUAACGCGUCACAAAUUCUGGGUUGUCAUAGAAGAUAUGCCUGUGGUAACAAAACCCAAAAAGUAUCAAGUACCCAGCCUCCUGACAAACUAUUUAGCCAAUGGUUUGCGUUAUCCACCCACCAUUUACUUUGUGGAGAAUUUUGAAAAUCCACCUCAGCUAAAGAAUAAAGCUUUGCUCUUGGACAAUGGCGCCUGGCCUUGUGAUGUACAUUUGAUCAAUUUCCGUACCCUAUCCGAGGAACAAUUGCAGCUAUUUCCCUCAUCGUCAGCUUUAGUGGUAUUACAACGGCAGGGUUUCGAUUGUUCAGUAAACAACAGACAAGAUAUCGACCUACUUGUCGGUGUGUGUCCCUUCCAACAUCAAGGCCUGGGAAAUGUUAAUUUCAAUAAAUUGCAUUUAAGCUCUUUGGAAACCACCAGUUUAACUGGCAUAUUGCCAGGACAUAGACGUAAGCAAUUGAAGAGUUUCAAUGACAUCAUCAUAGAACCAAUGGAGUUAUUAACAUUCAAUGUCACAUUUAAGACUUAGAACUAAGAGUAAUAUCCAAAAAAAGUAAUGAAAAGAAUCAGUAUGUAAGCACUUAGUUUAAGCUGUUUAUUUAUUUAGUUUUUAUUUCCAAGAAUCUCAAACAACCAAUCACACACACACACACACCACGACACAUACAAAUGACUGAUUUUUUGCUUUAAUUUUUAAUUAUCUACCUACCUAGCACUUUUACCAAAUGACUGAAUUUCUUAAAGAAUAUAACAUUUUUACAGAACUUCUUCUAUUUUUCACACGAACUAUGUUUACAAAUGGAGUAAAUUUGUUCAAUACUAUUUGGUUAAAUAUGCACGGAAUGCAUGGUUCCAUCCUUUGACUCUUGUCCAACCAUUCCAAAUAAACUUUUUGUUUAACGACUCGCAAUAGCUUUCACAUGACAACAACAGUCAGUUUUCCAAUGGAACACACUGUUUGCUGGUAGAGUGUUCUUUUCAAUAUGCAUAUGCAUAGUUUUCUUUUAUAGACAUCAUACCUCUUUAAUUUUUAUUUUUGUUUCUAUACAAAGCAAAUAGUACACAUUAUUUUUUUAAAUUGAUUUUAUUCGAAUAAAAUAGGCUAUAGUUUAAAAUGUAGGUCAGUAAUAGUUCAAAUAUUUUUAUAGCAGAAGUAUCAAUGAAAUUUCACUUAAAUUGUAAAUUGUGUGUUAUUUCCAAUGGAAUCGAAUGGAGUCGAAUACUGAAUUUGACUAAUAUUGUAUUUUGUUCUAGAUAUAAUCAAAGAAGUGCAAUAUAUGCCAACACGUCCUCUUUUUGUCCUUCAUCAUUAUAUAGAAACUAGAUUCAGAUGGUAUUUAUUUAAGGAAAAAAAUGUAUAUUUACAAUGUAACAAAAACAUAACCGUAACUCAUACACACACAGAGUACAUUUUAUAUAUGUAUGUAUGUACCUUUUCUCUUGAACCAGACCAGAUUUUACGAUAAAUCGUUAGAAAACAAAAUAUAAAUCUUUUUAAUUGAAGUACUUUUCAUAUUAUUAUAAUAAUUAUUAUUAUUGAAACUCUUUAAAUAAAGGUUUAUUUUUCUCAGGCAUUAUUUAACAAAACAAAAACAUUGUCACAUAAGAAGAAACCCUAAUUAAAAUGCGAAAGAAAAGAAACAUUUUAUAAUAUGGCAUUACACAAACGAAUUAUCCUAGAUCCAUAGUGGUUUUAUACAUCCAGAACACAUUAUUCACGCAUCACUGUAAAUUUGUAGUUUUUUUUUUAUUGUUUUUUAGAAAAGGAAAAUAAUAUUGUAUGGAAUGAAAAUGUUGACACUAAAAAUGGCAAUAAAGUAUUGGACAUUGGUAAUUUAAAAACGUUUGUUUUCUAAGUCUUUAAUAUAAAAA